AUGACGACAGCACAAGUAUUCGGUGCCUUCAUCACCCAUGAAAGUGAGCCUUCUGCCGUUGUCUCUGGGCCCGCGCCCGUCAUCCAUCGAGACAACAUCACCGCUGUACCGCCCACAGAGUACGAGCUCGACGGACUCCAAUGGGGCAGACGCCUGAAUGGCCCGCGCAAAGUGCCCUCUCGCGAUUCAUCACCUGUCGGUCGUUCUCUUCCUCAAACCCCCGGCGAAUUGGAGCAAAGCCAACCUCCCACCCCAAAGCGAGAACAAGCGGUCGAUGCCCUCGUUCAGUCUAUCUCGAAUCCACCCCAAAAUCGUUGGCGGGUGGCGGCGGCGGGUGUUAUGUUCUUUCUGAUGGGCAUGAAUGACGCCGCUACUGGUGCCCUGAUCCCAUAUUUGGAAAAAGACUACCACAUCGGAUAUGGCAUUGUCUCGUUGAUUUUCGUUACCAAUGCCCUUGGUUUCAUUACAAUGGCGCCAGUCAUCCAACUUAUUGAGUCCCGGCUCGGCCGGACUCGCUCCUACAUCAUCGCAACCUUGUUGAUGACCAUUGGCUACAUUGCGAUUGUCUGCUCUCCACCAUUUCCUGUCAUUGUGCUCAGUUUCUAUUUCCUCGGUUGCGGGAUGGCAUUGUUUCUAGCCAUGACCAAUGCGUUCAUCGUGAACUUGCUCAACGGGACUGUCGUCCUAGGCUUUUGUCACGGCUUAUAUGGGCUGGGCGGUAUUGUUUCUCCUCUCAUUGCGACUGCCAUGGUGUCGAGUGGCAUCCACUGGGCCCAUUUCUACUUCAUCACGCUAUCAAUAUCUGUGCUUUCGGUCUUCUGCUUGGGCUGGUCAUUUAAAGGCUUCGAGAGGGAUGCUGCGGUCCAGCUCCUUUCGUCUCUCGAACGGACCGCUUCACGGCAGGGUGAAGCCACCAGGGCUCAGGUGCUCAAAAGGGCUGUCAGAAACAAGACCACGCUCCUUGGGGCGACGUUCAUCUUUUUCUAUCAAGGUGCAGAGGUGGCUAUUUCAGGCUGGGUCAUUUCUUACCUGAUUCACUUCCGAAGGGGUGAUCCAUCCCAUGUCGGUAAUGUCACCUCCGGAUUCUGGGGAGGCAUUACUGUUGGACGCUUCGUCUUGACCCAUUUCGCUCACAAGAUUGGGGAAAAGGUUGCUGUCUUCCUCUUGAUCGUUGGAGCUGCGGUCUUUCAACUUCUGGUUUGGCUUGUACCAAACAUUAUCGAAAACGCCGUGGCAGAAUCCAUUGUCGGCUUAUUCCUUGGACCCAUCUACCCAUGCGCCACCGCCGUCUUUGCCAAACUCUUACCCAAGAGCAUCCAAAUCAGCAGUCUGUCAGUGGUGACGUCGAUGGGAAGCUCUGGUGGCGCACUAGUGCCUUUCAUCACUGGCAUAUUGGCCCAGAAAUUGAGCACGGUGGUCCUGCACCCGGUGGUUUUGAUUUCUUUUGCGUCGAUGACAGUUAGCUGGGCUCUGUUGCCACGCAUUGGGAAGAGGACAGAGUGA